AUGUCUCUCUUCGGAUUCGGCAGGCCGCAGCCUUCAUCGGCGGAAAAGAUCGCAGCAGCAGAGGCAGAGAUCGAGAUGGUUUCGAACAUGUUCAACCAGUACGCUCUUCGAAUCCUCGGAUCUCAUCAGAGCAAGGCGCUGAAAACCUGCAAUCUAGAUUAGUUGACACCUGCACGAAGAAAUGCAUCCCACCAGAGUACCGCGAAGCCGACUUGAACAAGGGCGAAUCCGUCUGCCUCGAUCGUUGCGUCGCCAAGUUCUUCGAGGUCAACAUCAAGGUUUCAGAAAAGAUGCAGGGAGAGGCAGCACAGAAACAGGGCGGUGGCGUGGGAGGCGGUAUAUUUGGGUCGUGA